UCAAACCAAUAUUUUCUUAGUAGUAAUAUUCAUUCAACGUGAUCUGCCUUAUCUGUAUUAUUUUAAUUUAUUUGUAUAAUAUUUGAUUAUUUGUUAUAUUUUGUAACAUGCUGUCCUGACUGAAAUACUGUCAUGCAUUAUCUUUAAUUUACAAUACAUAGUGUUAUGUGUAUUGUAUAUGUAAACAUUACACUGUGGGUAAAUGGUAAUAGGAACUGUUUAAACAGCACCUACUCAUUUUAUUGUUAAUUGCUAACAUGUAUGUUGUGUUUACUUCCUUCUUUCCAUUGAUGGAUACUUGUGUAAGGAACUGAUACAAGGAAGUAACAGAUUAGGUUGAAAAAAAUACCACAAAUUGCAAGUCACCAUUUUAAUAACUUGAGUUUCAUGACUCAUUAUCAGUCACUGGCUACCUUGCAUUUUUACCAUGCUCAUGUAUACAUAGAAGUGCAAAUAAUUUAAGGCUGUUUAUAUAUUGAGAUAUACUGUGUUGCUCAUAACAGAACUUUUAUUUAAAUGUGGAAGUUGUGUACAAUAUGCAAGUUAAGUAUUUGAAAAUGUUUUACUAAUGGAUAAGGCGCUAAAGCAUUGAUUUGUAUUAAUACUUUCUGUAUUUUAUUACUUUUCAGUGAUUGACUGCACUCGGCCUAUGUGUUGAAUCUGUAGUUGUAUUCAUAUUAACUUGUAAUAUUAGACUUUAAAAUAUGAAUAAUUUAGUUAUUCAAACUGUCGUUGCUGUUAUGAGUAUUGUGAAACUUGGUUCUGCUCAAAGUGCUGAUAGCUGUUUUGUUGGUGGAAUUCGAUUAAACAGUGUCAAUGAUGGAUAUGUUCGUUCAACAAACUCAAGCACAACAUUUGUAAUUACUUCUUAUAACACACCCACCUGUACAAAGGUAACAUGGUCGUUUAUCAGCCAAUCACCAAUUCCAGUUGCAAGUUAUGAUUUCUCAACAUCAAAAGCAGCAUAUAAUCCAGCUUAUGGAAAUGGAAAAUUGGUGGUCAGAGCUACUACCAUUAGUAGUAAUCAAGCAGAUGUUACAUUUCAAAUCAACCAACUAUCAUCUAGUGAGAAUAAUACAAAGAUUGCUGCAUCUAAUACUGCAACAAGCAAUGUAACAAUACAAGUUCUAAUAAUUAAAGAUUGUUCAUCUCCAACACCCAACAAUGUUCCAGUCAACCCAUCAAGUGGUGUCUACAACACUCAAGCUAACUUCCAGUGUUCCCAUGGUUCAACUUUAUUUUAUAUAAAUGGAACAACUGGAAACACUGCAACCAAAUGCCUUGCUACAGCAGAGUGGGAGAAUGAAAAGAUAGUUCAAUGUUGGUCAGCACCAACUGCUACAUUGAUUGGCAACAAUACCAUUUGUGCUGGAAACAUUGCUACAUUCCAAUGUACUGCAUCUGGGGGUGUCCCUUCUUUGGACAGAGUUGAAAUUUAUUUCAAUAAUCAAAAACAAAUGUUGGUUGGAAACACAUGGACAAGCAAUCCACUGAGUAGUUCAAACAAUGGAGAUAUAGUGGAAUGUAGAGCUAUAAAUAGCUACACUGCCAUGCAGGAAUAUACAAACUUGGGAAGAGACAGCAAGACAUUAAAUGUUCACUAUUCAGCAACGAAUCCAAAGUUUGAAACCAAAUUUACGGAUCUGUUGAUCAAUUCAAGCAGUGAUUACCUGCUUAGAUCAGAUGAGACGUUGACCAUGAAUUGCUCAGCUGAUGGAAACCCUGCUGUAACUUGUAACUGGUCUUGUUCUUCUACAAAUUGUGGUAGUUUACCAAACACUUGUGAGAUCAACAAUGUAAAUGUUAUUGGUUCCACAACCAUCACAUGUACGGUUGGUAAUGGUGUUUGUGGAGGUGGUACUACCAGCAUUACUCAACACAUAACAGUGGUUCCUGUAACUCCAGGAGUACCAUAUAUAGUGGUUGAUGGAUCAACAACAACAGCUUCUACCAUCACAAGAAACAAAACAGAAAGUUUAAGUUUAGCUUGUGGAAUUGAAAACCAAAAUGAAAUAAACACAAAGAUAAUUUGGAAGAAAGAUGGAAUCAUAAAGUCAGGAACAAGUUUGGGUAUUCUAAACAUAAAAAAUCUAUCCCCAGAAGAUACAGGAUCAUAUUCUUGUCACACAAGCGAUGCUUUUGGAAAUUUUUCAUCAUCUUUAUACGUUGAUGUAUAUUAUGCAGCUGAAGGAUUUGCAGUGAAUGAUGGUACAACCAGCCACAGUAACAUAUGUACAUGGUAUAUUGCCCCACCUGGUCCAAGAUCAUGUACCAUCACAUUCUCACUUAACCCAACUACUUAUACAACCACUUUAACAAAGGAUGGAGCCAUGGUAACGAAUGAUGCAACUAAUCAGCCACAAACAUCAACAUCACAAAGUUUUGUUUUUACUCGAAACCAGCCGUCAUUCAAUGAUAGUGGGAAUUAUACAUUGAGAAUCAACAACGGAAUAUUUAAAAAUACUUUCACAUUCAAUAUAUCAGUGAUAAAUGAAGUGCAACCUACACCACCACCACCCAUCCCACCACCAGAUAACUUGGGUGUUAUAAUCGGAGCUGCAAUUGGUGGGGUGGUGGCUUUUAUAUUGAUCAUUAUUCUUGUGGUUUUUUGCUUAAGACAGCAAAACAAUAAAGAACAUAAAGAUAAAGAAGUUACAGGAAGAAGCAACAUUGGAAUGGAAGCAGAGCAUGGUUACUAUGAAGUUGCUGAUCGAUCACCAUAUCAAAAUGAACAAGUAACUGCUAACAUACGUGCAACACAAUCAACAAAUUAUGAAAACCUGAAGGACAAUGUCAAUGUAACAAGAGAUGAGCAAGGUUAUGCUGAUAUACAAGGUGUGGGGCCAAGUGUUGUAACAACAACAAACGAUGGAUACGAAACUUUUAUUGGAAGGAAAUACGAAAAUAUGUCGCGUAAUCAACAAAAUGAAAGUCAAUAUGAACAUGUGGCUUGACAAUUUUAAACCAUAAGAGCUAGGUCGUCUUUUCUUAAG